UUCCUGUUGCUUUCUCGCCCUUUGCUGGCAGGAAGUUGCAGAACUUGUUAGUUUCAGUUUGUGUUCGGUCUCUUGGUGCUAGAGCCCCUGGCCUUGGGGGACUUCUCUGGGGGAGAAGGUCCUAUCAUGGGGACGUAGGAGACCACAAAACCAUGGCCCGACGGGAGCCUUCCCCUGCGGUGGUGGCUACGCUCAUUCAAAUCCUGAUCUGGGUGUGGGCCGAGGAAUGUCUGGGAGUUGCCUCAAACCCAGAUACCCUGCAAAUCCAUGGGAUAUCCCUGGGGAGAAAGAGGAGGGAGCCAGAAUGUCAGCUGGGAGAGUAUGUACAUCCAAACAGGACCCACUGCUGCAUGAGAUGCCACGCAGGGACAUAUUUGGCAGAAGACUGUAAGCCAGGCCAUCUUGCGCCUAUCUGCAUGCGAUGUCCGGUGGGCACGUACACGGCUACGGAUAACACUAUUAGGAAAUGCCAUAGUUGCCAACGGUGCCGUUCAGAACUGAACCAGAUAACACUGUCUGAGUGCACGGAAAAGAAGGAUACAGUGUGUGGUUGUCCAGACAAUCAGUAUAAGAGUUCAGCCAGAACUUUAUUCCAAUGUAGGAACUGUAGCCUAUGCAACAAUGGGACCAUCAGGCACAAAUGUACACAGAACAGUGACACGUUCUGUGUAUGUCACCAUGGAUUCUUCCUGAACAAACAUAAUAACUGCAAACCUUGCAGCAGCUGCAGUGAAGAAGAAUGUAAGGACUGUGGUGCAAUACAGAGACCACCAAUUUCCCCCACAGUGACAGAUGAGAACUGGAGAACUCAGGGUCAUACCCUCUUACUCAUCGGCCUCGUCGUGGUGUUUGCAACUAGCCUUGGAGCGGUCAUUGCAGUUAAAUUGAUCAAGAAAUACUGUCAAAAAGGGUCCUCUCUUAUUUUCUACUCCUGUGUUUCGACGCAGCAGCCAACAAAGGAGCCGGUAUCUGGAACAAGCAAGGUUGAGAUAAACGAGCAGAUAGCUGCCAUCCUUUCUCCACAACCACCCCAGCUUGAAGCAAUGUGGGCUGUCAAUGCUGCACCAAGUUCAAUGGUUGCACACGAGCUACCCGAUUGUGUCAGACCUGCUGGAAAGACUCAACUCCCAGACAAUCCUGCUGUUCUCUAUACUGUGGCCGACCACGUGUUGCCGUCUCGGUGGAAGGAAUUUGUGCGACGUUUGGGGCUGAGUGACUACGAGAUUGAGCGAAUUGAGCUGGAGCAGCGGCGGGUGCGGGAUGCCCAGUAUGAGAUGCUGCGACAGUGGAGGCUGCAGAUGGGCCAUGGUGCUACAGUUGAACGCAUCAGCUAUGUCCUCAACCAGAUGGAACUGAGUGGUUGCAGUGAGGCUGUUCAGGAGGCAUUGUCUAGGCAGCCCUAACUUCCAUUUUUACCUCCUUCACAGCCAGCUCUAACCCCCUUUGCUUUAGUGCCCCCUUCUCUAGCUCUGUGCCUCCUCUUCAGGGAGGAUUCUAAUCCACUCUUUUGUGUUUCUUUCCACCUCUAUUCCCCACCCCUCUGUUAUAUUUGUUGACUGGCAGCCAGUGAUGCUCGUAGAUGAUUAUGGAUCACUUUUCAAUGAACCACAAAGUCAAUUAUGCCUCCAGACCAAGAGAGAGUCCUACAGCAAAUGCCACGGGGGGAGUGCCUGCUAAUGAAUGGAACAGACUGAUUCUGUGACCAAAACAUGGCAGUCGACCCAUAACACGGAAUCCAGUCUCCUAGCUCUGGAAAGGUAUCACUGACUGAGGCCUGGGCAUAGGCAUUUAGGUGUUGGAUGGUGCUCCCACAAGAAAGAGGGGAAGAACUUCCUGUUCCUCUAGUGGUUGAAGGGAAUAAGAGGGUUUCUCAGGUGCUGAUGGGCCAGGUGAGAUGGUUGGUGCUAUUUCUGUAGUUCUUUUCUGUACCUAAAAACAUAUGUAAAAGAGCAUUAACAAUGUACAUGUAUUUGUGUCACUGUGUGUGUGUGUGUGUGUGUGUGUGUGUGUGUGUGUGUGUGUGUGUGUGUGUGGACAAGAGCAGGUGUGCACACCUGCAAGUUUGCAUGGAUGGGCGCGAAUGUGGUUUUGAAUGUACUUGCCUGUGUGCAUACAUGAAUGACUGGUUGGGAACAGAAAACUGCAUGCACAUAUGGUGGCGUGAGUGCAUCUGCACAUCUCUGCUUACACUCAGGCAAGGCAGGCAUGUAUAACUGUGGCCUCGUGUCAUCAUGUCUGCCUUUGGAUGAUUUGCUGAAUCUGAUUUUAUUGCAAAGAUGCUUGUAUAUAUUUUGUUAGGAACUUCUGAACAAUUUCACACUACUUCUCAGUCUCCAACUUACGAAUUGCCCCAAAAUUGGAGUUACUGAGUGAUAUUGCCCACACAGCUCUUUAUACCUGUUACAGUCUUCCAAGUGUUAGCCCUUGUGAGGUGUGUGUGUAUAGCUAAGAGCUCAAAUUAUCCUCACACCUUGUGAAUGUGGGUUCUCUGUCAGGGCCAGAGGGCCAGGAAGAUUUUCUUUAAACUCUUGUAAAUACACUAAAUACUCUGAAAUAAAAGCCAAUUUGUAA